AUGGAUUGCAUACUAAUCCCGGACAAUGUCUUGAUGCAUAUGCUUGUCCCAGACCUAGGCGGUCCGGAAUAUGACAAUCAAGGGUUCCAAGGCUACGAUGAACGACAGGGAUGGAACAUUGCACCACUUCGAAAUGGAGACUUCGCUGAGGCUUGUGAUCGAUUCUUUGAAUUCGCCUUUACCGUGACCGGAGAUAUCUCUCCGGAUGACCUGCCUGAGAAUGAGGCAUUUGUCAGUAUGGUCGUCGGGGCCUUCAUCCAGACGGGGAUACUUUCGGAAUCCUAUAGGAAGCCUCAAGGGCCUGACGGUCAAGUUACCUCGAUCAAACAAAUUACUCUACAAACGGUUUCCAAAGAGUUCCUGGGCAAGGAGGACGAACGGAAAGCUGAUGCGGCGUGGGCGAGUCAGUUCACUCGUUGUUUGCAGGAUGCCGCUGCAAUUCUCAUGGAUUUAGACUUUCUCUUGAAGUUUGGUGGUUAUAUUGUCCCGAUGCCUGUUCAUUUGGCUCUGUCGGUCCUUGUACAGAGUCUCAAUUACUACAGAGUUAUCUUCCCCCGGCAACAGUCUCAGCUUGGUGACAAUUACUUUCAUGCAGAGUGUCGGGCAUUUGAGCUCAAGUUGUUGAACGAUGGGGGAUGGUGUCCAAACGUGACUCGGCGGAUUUUUUCGAGUUUGGGAUUGGGAGGCCUAUACUACGCGACGCUACUACCGGGUUUCGGAUUGUGCAAAGGUCGCAACAAAUGCGACAUGAGUGCCGGCGUUACUUCGAACAUUAAUCACGACAAAUAUGAAGUCAUCCACGAUUAA